UUGGCACCAAAUGAAAAUCCUGAAGAUUAUGUAAAUCGAAAAGGAUUUUAUUCAAUAAUCCUCCAGGGUUUGGUGGACAGCAAUUAUCUUUUUAGGGACAUGUAUGUUGGCUGGCCUGGGAAGGUUCAUGAUUCUCGUGUUUUUAAGAAUUCACCUCUCUAUGAUGCUUGCUGUGCACGAACAUUUCUUCCCAUGGGGUUAAGCAAAGUUAUCGCCAACGUUGUGGUACCACCCGUCAUUCUUGGUGAUUCAGCCUAUGGACUCACCAACUGGUUAAUGAGGCCUUUUACUGACCGGGGAAACCUUUCCAAUGAGGAGGUGGCCUUGAACUCAGCACACAGCAAAACAAGGGUGGUGGUGGAAAAUGCAUUUGGAAGACUAAAGGGACGAUUUAGAUCCCUUGGAAAAAGGCUAGAUCAGUCUGUUGAAAAUGCAACCAUAACAGUCACAGCUUGUUGUGUUCUUCAUAACUAUUGUGAGGUUAUGAAAGAAGAAUUUGAUGAAGGAUGGCUAGAGGAGGUGCAAUUACACCUGAACAUCCAACCAUGUGACAGAGAAGAAAAACAAGACAGGGAGGAAGCUGAAAUAAGGAAUUCUCUCGAGAGUUUUAUUUCAUAGGCCAGUUUUGUUUCCGUCUAAGUACUUAUCCUGAGGGUGUUUCUGACAUUUUUAUUGCUAGCCGUUAGAAUGACGGGGAGGGGUGGAGAGUUCUUUUGGGUUUGUUAUUCAUGAUUUCUGAAUAUUUUUGGAUUAGAGAAUUUUGGCAAGACAGUACUUUCUCAAUAAAGUUUCUUCUUUGAAGUUUUCUUUUUCCAGAGUCUGUCUCUUUUGACAGACUAUUAUCCUCUUUUUGGAAGAGCUUACUGGUACCUCAGAUAGUAUGAUAAAACAAACAAAAACAUUAUAAUUUGCUAUUCUUUUUCUGUUAUUAUUAGGUUCCUUCUGGGUAUUUCGUUGGUUCAGAAAUACUAUUCAGCUAGAAUUUUUUUAUUAUGUAAUUUUGGUUUGGGAUAGUCUUGCAGUGUGCUUCAAGUCCUAGGGAUUGUUUGGAUUUUGAUUUAUGUCUCAUUGCCUCUAUUAAAGACAAAACAAAACAGAAAGACAAGCGAGUAAACAACAAAAGAAAAGAGAGGGCAGACCUCUGCAUAUAAAUAAGGACAUCAAACUUUACAAUGUUUCCUGCAACGCAUGCACUGCUAGUCAUGUUUCCCUGCAAACUGCAAGUCACAGGUGUUUAUGACCGAGUAUAAGAGAGCAGAAUGAUUGGCCUUUUGGGACAAUAAAUCUUGAAUGAAAAAGUUAUCUGUUAAUAUUACAGAGCUGUUUUAACUGGGGUGUUUAAUUAACAGAUUGUCAUUUCAAGUGCCAUCCUCACUACAUUACUGGGGGCCAUAUUCAAAACUGAAAUUUCCCCCCAUAGUUUUAACUUCCUAGAAGAGCUGAGGAUAACAGUGCUUGAUUUUACAGGUUACUCACAGGCAUGUUAAGAUGAAUGUUGAUCCUAAAAAAACAAUCAGAUUUGAUACGUGAAGGCUACAAAUGAAAUUUCAUGAAAUUUAAAAGGUACAGUCUGAGUAAAUUUUGUUUUGUUUUGAGGCCCUCCAAGGGGAGGUACUGGACCUGAUAGUCACAAAAAAGAUAACCCUGUAAUCCUUUUCUAGACAAAAAGUGCAAAACCAAUGAGAGAAAGUAUAACAUAAAGCACAUACUUGACUUUACAACAUGGGAAGUAUUGUUACACAGCUAUACUUGCUCAGGAAAAAUAAAGGGAUUUCGGUAAAUGUUGACCCUGUUUCAGAGUCAAAACAUCACACUAUACCAGUACCUCUCU